AUGUUGUUGUUGAUUUUUCUGCUGAUUCCUCUUAUUGAAACAGUAAAAAUCACAACGGAAGAAAAUAUGAAAUGUUCCAAGUAUGACAAUUGGUGGUAUUCAAUCAGAAUCCUUGAAGAUGACCCUCUGUAGGUUGAAAUAUUUCAGUCACUUGAUUUUCAGCCAUACAAUUUAUAAUUUGCAGCGUUGACGAUGAAGUUUUCAACACUGGAAUUGUUUAUGUGUACAAAUCUCACGAGAAUCAAGAAAAACGAGUGUUUUGGAUUACGGGCGAUGAUGGAUGGUUGGGCGGUUGGUAUUUUGAAAUUCGAGCUGUGAUUACUCAUAAUUGCACUAAUCAUCGGAAUCCUGAAAGUUUUGAACAUUUUGUGGAUGACUUGCAUAUUCGUACAGAGUUAGUUGAGAGUAGAAAUUGAGUUUUGAAAAUAACUCCAUGCUUUAAGUUUUACUGUCCUUAUAUUUUUUAAAAAUUGUGUUUUUUUCAGAGAAGUCAGUUAUCUCUUCAAGUUCAACUUGGAUCAAUAA